CCAGUCCCUCCUUCCCUCAACACAUGCUCCGCCCUUCAGUAACUUCCUCUCCUUCCUACGGGUGGGGAGUAUUCUUCGUUUCUCUACAAUUUCUAACUCGGCCUCGCGUUGUCUGACUCUUGUGUAGUGUUGUAGUGUUGUGAUACCCUAGCCAGCGGUGCAGAGUGGCCAGUGAGGAGCAGGCGGUGGCUGACACACGCCAGACACACCGGGCUGCCAUGAGCCGCUCCUAGGGCCUCCCCUCAUGCUGGCCGCCGCUGAGUACCCCCCCAUACGCCCCGCCAUGUGGAGGGGGUGGCGGGGCCCUGCGACCACUCCCUCCCGGUGCUACCUGCCGCAGUCGUGGCCCGUGUACCGCCUGCAGCGCCUCGUCAGCCUGGCCGUGUGUGUCUUGGCGGUGCUGCUGCUGUGCCUCGUGGCCUUCGUGCUGCUGCAGGCGGCCCCCGCGUCCCCCAGGAUACAGCUGGGCCGCGGCGAGAGGACAGCGGAGGACGAGGGGCAGCUGUUCGGGAUGGACGACAGCUACAAUAGCGACAGUGCCCUGGACGAGUACGAAGACGAGGAGGACGACGAGGAGCUGGUGAUGAGCGAGGACUACGAGGAGGACGAGCAGGAGUACGAGUACAACCCUGAGUUUGACAUGAGUUUCUUUGACUUCUCAAUCAAAGACGAUGGUGCAGGUGGCGGUGCGGGAGCGGGCGAUGCGGGAGCGGGAGAGGGUGUGGGAGAGCAGGCGCCGCAGGAACACGAGUCCACAACCUUCAGGACGCCGGUGGUGCGGCCGUCGUGGGCUCAGCUGCCGCUACCGCCGCUCCGCCUGGUGGGUCGCUCGGGCCUGGAGGUGGUGCGGGAAGGGGUCAUGUUCUCGCCGGACGUAGAGGCGAGGCUGAAGGACCCCGGCAUGAGUGACGAGGACGUGGGGCGCCUCCUGUGGCAGCUCAGGUCCCGGAAGGUGACGGAGCUGCGGGACCCAAGCUGGGAGCGCUGCGGCCGUCCCAAGAACCAGUGGGUGAGGUUUUCCGGCGGCGUGGCAGCGUGCGCCCGGUACAGGUACCCCGAUGACCACCUGCUGCUCGGGGAAGUGCUCAGUUUCUACCUGGCGCGGCUUCUGCAGAUCAGCCGAGUGCCUCCCGCCACCCUCGCCCGGCCAGACCAUCCCCGCUGGACCGCCGCGGCGCCGCAGAUGGAGCGUGCGGGCUGGGGUGCCGCCCCCGUGGUGGUCCUCACCCCGUGGCUGCCUGACCUGGUGCGGGACUACAUGCCAGCCAGCCUGCACCACGCCCUCGCCACUAACACAACACUGGGGAUGGCUACUGAGGAGACCUGGGGCACUGACGGAGGUACUGAAGGAGGCGAUGAAGGACGCUCACAUCACCCACAACUAAGGGACGUGUCGGAGGGCGAGUUGGUGCGCCUUCUGCAGUGGAGUGACCUGCUGCUGUUUGACUUCCUAACAGCAAACUAUGACCGUGUCGCCUACAUGAUGGAUGCCGCUGAGGGAGAGGGGCGGCCCGAGGUGCUGGCGGGGACUGUGCAUAACCUGGUGCUGAACAGAGCCACGGGAGGACUUUGGCUGCUGGAUAACGAGUCGGGGCUGGUGGACGGGUAUUCUGUUCUCUAUGGUAACGGGGACCCGACGCAGGCCACACGGUUCGCAUCUUUCCACCAAAAACUCCUGCGCUCCAUGUGUCUCUUCAGGAGGACCACGUUAGGAGCAGUUUUAGGACUCGCCGCCCAUCCUAAACCCCAUGAGCUGCUGGUGGAGUUCGCGAGGGAGAAUGAGCCGCUUCUGUACCUCCUCCCUGAUCCUCUCCGCCACCAGCCCUUCCUCAGCCGCCUCUCAAAUCGCCUGCAGGAAGUGCGGGCGUGGGUGGGAGAGUGCGCGAGAAAGGCUGUAACGGCGGGUGUGGGUGUUAAACGGCGUGGGAGCUUGGUAACGUAGAAAGUCAUAUUUUAAAACAUUUCCUUGCAGCACCUCUUCCACUACGUUCAAAAAGGUCUGUUUGAAGUGACGCGGGCUUUUAAAGGGUGUUUUUUUACGGUUCAAGUGACGGAGUAACAAGAUUUCUAUAGUAUUAAAAGGAGAAACAAUCUUGAAAACCCGGUUUAUUAUCGCUGUGGCCUUUGAAAACAGUCGUGGUGAGAGAGCUAAGUGGUUCAGAAUACGCGUCUAAUACAGGUGAUGGUGCUGGUGGUGGUGGUUGUUAAUAUUGUUAUUGUUGGAACAUUUUUAUAUAUUUGUAAUUGUUGAUGACCAAAAAAAAAAAAUGUUAAUUGAAUGGUUUGUUGAAUAAUAAAGAAAAUCAAGUGAUA